CUUACCACGGCACCACCUCUGCUACUUCCGCUAGGAACCCGGAAGUACCUACCAAACGCCGGAAGUCCUGCGGCUUUGCUUCCUCAGAGUCUUCCCGGGUCCCGACACAGAGACUCGUUUCCGGUCCCAGGUGGGCGGCGGCUUGGCUAUCCGUGCGCUCCGGAGCUGUGUUCCGGGAGCACCGUCCUCCCGGGCACCAGUGCCGGGAGCUCGUGCUGGGGCCGCGCCAAGAAAGAACCGAUCUGGGCGCGAGGCUGGUGCGGGGCCAUGAACGGGACCGCGAACCCGCUGCUGGAUCGCGAGGAGCAUUGCCUGCGGCUCGGGGAGAGCUUCGAAAAGCGGCCACGGGCCUCCUUCCACACCAUCCGCUAUGAUUUUAAACCAGCAUCUAUAGACACGUCCUGUGAAGGAGAGCUUCAGGUUGGCAAAGGAGAUGAAGUCACAAUUACAUUGCCACAUAUUCCUGGAUCCACACCACCAAUGACUGUGUUCAAGGGGAACAAACGGCCUUAUCAGAAAGACUGUGUACUUAUUAUUAAUCAUGACACUGGUGAAUAUGUGCUGGAAAAACUCAGUAGCAGCAUUCAGGUCAAGAAAACAAGAGCUGAGGGGAGCAGUAAAAUCCAGGCCCGAAUGGAACAGCAGCCCUCUCGUCCCCCACAGCCAUCACAGCCACCACAGCCACCACCACCACCACCACCACCACCACCUCCGCCGCCACCCAUGUCUUUCAGAGCACCAACCAAGCCUCCAGCUGGACCCAAAACAUCUCCCUUGAAGGAUAACCCCUCACCUGAACCUCAGCUGGAUGACAUCAAAAGAGAGCUGAGGGCUGAGGUCGACAUCAUUGAGCAGAUGAGCAGCAGCAGUGGCAGCAGCUCCUCAGACUCUGAGAGCUCCUCAGGAAGUGAUGACGACAGCUCCAGUAGCGGAGGCGAGGACAAUGGCCCAGCCUCUCCUCCUCAGCCUUCACACCAGCAGCCGUACAACAGCAGGCCUGCUGUCGCCAAUGGAACCAGCCGGCCACAAGGAAGCAACCAGCUCAUGAACACCCUCAGAAAUGACUUGCAGUUGAGCGAGUCUGGCAGUGACAGUGAUGACUAGCACCGGAUCUUUCAAAAUCUACUUUCUGGUGCACGAACCUGCUGCAAGACCCGGCUGCUUCUGCAUGGAGUCCAUUGCCAGGAGGAACAUGUCGUGGAUCAGUGCCUGUAGUAGGAGUUGGAGGUUCUGGCGCUCUCGGAUAUUCAAGUCUUUAACUUAGUGGUGAUGGGUGAUUUUCUCAUGUAAUUUUUGAACAAUCUCUUAUUUCAAAGUUUAAGUAGAUCUAUAGAAGAACUAACAGGAUUAUAUUUCUAUUUGGUUAACAUUGUUAAUGAAAAACAGACAGAUGUGCCCUGGCCUGGGUUACUCAAAGGCGCUGUCUUCACCAGGCCAGUGAAUUGGUUUUAACCCUCCAUAGCCAUCCGUUCGGCCUAGUGGUCUGCAUCAGUGAAAUGAAACAAUCUGGAGGAACAGGAGGAAGGGAAACCUCAAACUGCAUCAUAGAAACAUGCAUAGAAAUCAUAGAAAUAUGGCAAAACCACUUUAAAUUGUUGACACUAAGUGGUAAGGAAGCUUGUCUGACCCAGCCUGACAAGCCCAUGUAGAAGUGGACUUGAGUGGAGUCCUCGGGUGUCAGCUGGGCGGGGAACCUUGAGAUCUGCCAGCACAGUCCCCUCAUUUACAGGCUAGGAAAGGAAAGCACAGCUGGCCAGGGCCAGUGUCCAGGCCCAGUCCAGGGUUUUCUCACUGCUCCCUCCCUGAAUUUCACUUAGUGGAAUCAAGAGAUGCUUACACGUGGAACUUUUAGAUGUACAUUGGCACUUUUAUUGGAUUCCAAAAGACAAAAGCACUGGGUAUUUCUAGCUUGAAUUCAGAUCCAGACAGUCCUUAAAUACGCCAGGCUGAGUGAGCAGAUCAAACCAGCAGCCGUGGUGCUGACGCACGGGACUAGGUAGGAUCGAGGCUUUUUGUUCCGUGUGUUCCAUCUUAGGUGAUCUUCAUUUGGUGGUUUUUGACAGGUGUGGGGGGUAGGAGUGGAAGAGAGGCGUAGUGAAGAAACCUCUCCAAACACACAAACCAGCAGGAAGUUUUCAGAAACCAGAGCCUAGAUAGGAGUUCUGCAAUAUGGAAUGAGCACAUUCUUUGAUAAGGUUUUUYUGUUUAAUGCUUUUGUACCACUGUUUGUGCCUGACUUCCAGACUGACUUGUAUUUUUUAUAUAAAACCAGAAGAAAGUCACAAGAUUGCCUUUGACAGUGUGCAGUUUCCAAUUGAAUCUGUUGUUGCUGGAAACUGGUCGCUAGUAAAUGUUCCAUGUUGAGUGAAUGUGUGGUAAACCAUCUAGUGAUACGUUUGGAGCAAUCCAUCUGUAUCGUCUUAGUGGCUGUGUCCUCAGAAGUUUUUGUCUGUUUUGUUUCAGUAGGCAUCGAGACAUUAAUGAUUUUCCUUCCUUGGGUUCCUCUACWCAGAUGACCUCUUUGGUCAGAGUUGUACCUUGUAGGUCAGUUAUUUCAUCCACAUAGUGACUCCAGGSAGCUGGGGGUGGGAUAGGAGCUGUUCCCCAGAAGCACGCCCGCACCAGGGUAGGAACUUAUCUAUAGUGAACUGAUAAUUGCUUUAUAAUUACUUGCAGAUGACAGCUCAGGGAAGGCUAAGGUCAGGUUUGGGAGACUUGAAUUGUUCCUGGAUGUGGGAAUUGUGUCACUGCUUUUAACUUGCUCAGACUGGGGCAGGUUCUAGGAACUUGAAUGAAGAAUAUCUAUUUAAGCACCCCCUCCCCUGUUUUUUUCUCCAAAAGCCUUGAUUUCUGUAGUCAGAAAUGGUUUUUGGCAUGUUAGGUUGAUACUUGUUUCUAUAGGAAAUACUUGCAUGUGGCACUGGGCUUGRUGAGUGACGCUUUCUGAGCUUCAUGCACUCUCCUAUGUCAUCUGUCCACCCAGUAUGCAUGGGAAUUCUUCAUUGUGGCUCUGGGUUUUGUUCCCUGUGCAAAGCCUUCAGUGCUUCUGUUCUUCCAUUAUACUCCCCACCCCAACUCAACUUUCCCCACCAGAAUAAGGAAUCUUUUCUUUUCUAGAAACGUGUUCUCACAGAUGAAUUAUCACAAAUAUCCUUCUGCUAGCCAAAUUGGAUUUUUCUUCUGUCUUUGUGCCUCCUCUCUCUCCUGCUCCUCGUCCUCACUCCAGACUCCACUUCUGAGGCUCUGUAGGUACCAUCUUCAUGGACUCUUCCUCUACUCAUUUCAUACCCCUAUGAAGUACCCUAUGUGCACAAACUGACCUUUCUCUUGYUUGAACUCUGGUUGGUGUGAGCUCCUUAAAAUCAGGGACUGUCAUCACAGGCUAUUCYGGUGUGUAAGCCUGGUCGGGGAGGAGGCAGAGAAGGCUAAGCAGUAAAGCCCAGGAGAGAACGUUCCAGGCAUUUGGACUAAGCUGACCAUACAGUGCCCGUGCUGAAGUCUCUUAACUGAAUUGUUAAGUUGCCUCUUAAUGCAGCGUCUCUGCUGUGGGUCAUUUAGGCAGGGUAGAAAGAUGAAGUCUGGAGUGUCUGAGGAGCCAUGGCAAGCCUUAGUAAAAACGUGAUUUGGGGAAACAUAAUACAAAUGAACUAGAGAUUUCUAAUAAUGCCACUCAUCAUUUUAUUUCUGUAACAGAAUUAUUUUUUCUAUGUGGUUUGCUUCAGUGGUAGGAAGACUUGAAAAUUCCCAAAUUUUUACUUCCCUAUUAGACAGCCUGGUUCAGCAGAGAGAGAGAGAGAGAGAGAGAGAGAGAGAGUGAGUGUGUGUGUGUGUGUGUGUGUUUGUAUGUGUGUGUGUGUG